GCUCCGGCGCUGGGCUGGGAGCGGUACCGGCCCCGGCGGGAGGCGGAGAAGCGCGGCGUGGACCUGAUCGCUGUCAGCGCCGGAAAGCGGCCCCGCGGAACCAGGGAUGGCGGGGACCUGGUCCUCAGGCAGAGUCUGGGCCACAAAGGGUUACGCAAGGCACCCUGGAGUGACACCACUGCCACCAGCCCGGGCGCUCAGCUCCUUCCUGGUCGGAUCCCAGGCUCGCCUGAUGCUGGGUUGAGGAAGGGGCUGGCGGCUGGAAAGAGGAGCCGGAGCCGCUCAGAGCCCCCCGGCCGUGCGGCUGCCACCGAGCCCCUGCCCAGCCUGAGCUGGUGGGUGCCCAGCAUGGAGGAGAUGGUGAUCUGGGAGCAGCACACGGUGACACUGAGCAAGGACCCUCACCGGGGCUUUGGAUUUGCUGUCUCCGGAGGCCGUGACCGUCCCAACAGGACAACCGGGGACACAGCGGUGUUUGUUUCAGAUGUGGUGUCUGGGGGACCAGCAAUGGGUCAGCUCCAGAAGAAGGAUCACAUCGUGAUGGUGAACGGCAUUUCCAUGGAGAACGUCCCGUCCUCUGUUGCCAUCCAGACACUUAAAACCUGUGGCAAGAUCGCCAACAUUACACUGAAAAGGCCGAAGAAGAUUCAGCUCCCCGUGAGCAAGAGCAGCCCUGGGUCCCCUGCCGUGGCCCGGCACUACGACUCAGAUGAGGAGUACAGGCUGCAGCGCUCCCGGGAUGACCUGGACCACAGCCAGGGCUACGACGGGGACUCGUCCAGCGAGAGGAGCUCUGGUCACCCGCACGACGAGCGCAGGCAGCACCGGCCGGUGGCACGGAGCCGCAGGCGGAGCCAGGACAGCAGCCACCGCCUGCAGAGCAGCUCAGAUCGGAGGGGCCAGGGCAGACACUGCUCCUUUGGCCAGGACGGGGACACCAACGGGCUGGCCCUGGUGUCGGGCUUCAAGCGGCUGCCGUGCCAGGACGUGCCAAUGAAGCCCAUCACCUCGGUGCUGGUGAAGCAGAAGCAGAAUGAGGAGUAUGGCCUGAAGCUGGGGAGUCAGCUUUUCAUCAAGCACAUCGUGGAGAGCGGGCUGGCGGCCAAGGGCAACUCCUUGCAGGAGGGAGACCUCAUCCUGAAGAUCAAUGGGGUAGCCAGCCAGGACAUGUCCUUGGCUGAAACCCAGCAGCUCAUUGAGCAGACAGAGGGGAUCCUGACCCUGCUCAUCCUCCGUGACCACCGGCAGUUCCUGGUCAACAUCCCCGACGUUGACAGCCAGAGCGACAGCUCCCAGAUGGACGAUAUCUCAGACAUCGACUCUGAGCUGUCCCAUCCGCCAUCUCCAGAGGCCUCCCCACGAUCUCCAGCUGCUGCCAGGACAAAAUCACCGGAGAGGGGACGAUCAAGCAGGGAGCCUGUGGCCAAGGUGGCUGUAGCUGAUGCUCAGGGCCCAGACCUUCUGGAAGCCAUGGAGCAGGAUGGGCACAGCCCCCUCACCAGCCGAGCUGCCCACAAGGAUGGGUACAGCACCAACGCCAGGGUUGUGCAGUUUGUGAAGGCCAAGAGCGUGGGGCUGCGGCUGACAGGUGGCAAUGAUGUGGGAAUCUUCGUGUCCAGCGUGCAGGAGGGGAGCCUGGCUGACAUCCAGGGGGUUCAGGAAGGUGACCAGAUCCUGCAGGUGAAUGACACCAGUUUCCAGAACGUGACCCGUGAGGAGGCUGUGGAAUAUCUCAUGGCCCUGCCCCCAGGCGAGGAGGUCACACUGUGGAUCCAGAGCAAGCAGGACAUUUACAGGAAGAUGGUCUCAUCCAAUGUGGGUGACUCGUUCUACAUCCGGACACACUUUGACUUUGAGAAGGACACGCCGUCAGGGCUCAGCUUUGUCCGUGGGGACGUGUUCCACGUGCUGGACACCAUGUACCGGGGCAGGCUGGGCAGCUGGCUGGCUGUGCGCAUGGGCAGGGACCUGCAGGAGCAGGAGAAGGGCAUCAUCCCCAACCGGAGCAGGGCAGAGCAGAUUGCCAGCCUGGAGUCAGUGCUGAAAGCCACGUCUGGAGCCAACCCCUCCGGGGCAAGGGCUGAGUUCUGGAAGCUGCGGGGCUUGCGGGGAGCCAAGAAGAUGCUGCGCAAGAGCCGGGAGGACCUGUCUGCCCUCACAAAGCAGGGGCGCUACCCACCCUAUGAGAGGGUGGUCCUCAAGGAAGCCAGCUUCAAGCGGCCCGUGGUGAUCCUGGGCCCCAUCGCAGACAUCGCUGUGCAGAAGCUGAGCAGGGAGCUGCCCGAGCUGUUCGAAAUUGCCCCGAGCGUGCCCCGAGAUGGGGCAUCGUCCAAGGUCAUCAAGCUGGACUCGGUGCGGCAGAUCGCAGAAAAGAACAAGCACGCCCUGCUGGACAUCACGCCCUCGGCUGUCGAGCGCCUCAAUUACGUGCAGUACUACCCCGUGGUGGUGUUCUGCGAGCCCGAGAGCCGCCAGGGCAUCAAGGCCAUGCGGCAGUGGCUGGCGCCCGACUCCAGGAAGAGCUCCCGGCGCCUCUAUGCCCAGGCCAACAAGAUGAAGAAAUAUUGCAGCCACCUCUUCACGGCCACCAUCAGCCUCAGUGGCAGCGGCAACGCGUGGUACGAGCAGAUCCAGGACAUUGUAAGGACACAGCAAAGCCAGCCAGUCUGGACAACAGCAGAGCAGGCAGAUGUGGCCACCGAGGACAGUCUGGACCUGCUGAACCCACCAAGCAGAGUGCCCUCGGGGUACCUGACGUGUGACAGCCGAGCCAACAGCGACUACGAUGACACCACGGAUGGGGAGGCGGGCGCGUACACCGACGGCGAGGCAGAGGAGGCCUACGACCAGCCUGGGCUGGCCCGUUCCUCUGAGCCAGCACAGCUGGCCCCGAGCCAGGGCCUGGACUCCUCUAAGCCAGCACAGCUGGCCCCGAGCCACAGCCAGAGUGAGCAGGUGCCCAAACGGCCACGGCAGGGCAGGAGCUAUGACAGCAUCAGGUACCCUGUGCCCCGGGGUGGGGAUGGCAGCUGCCCAGGGCUGGGGACAGUCCCAGCAGGGCCCUGUCCCUGUCACACAGAGCCAUCAGCACCCUUCUGUUCCCCAGGGAAUACGAGCACGAGGCGGUGAGGAGGAGGUUCACACGGGCCAGGGAUGACUCAGACCAGGAUGAAGGCUACGAGUGGGGCCCAGCCACAGAUGUGUAGUGGCACAGCUGGCCUGUCCCUCCAGGCCAGCCCUGCACAGCUGGGUGCAGCUGACAGCUCAGGUGGUGCCCCUGUGGCCAGGCUGGGCUGGGCCCCAUCCUGCUAUACCCUCAUCACCAAGUGCCUGCACUACCACGUGCCCCUUCCCUUUUGGCCACAGCCACUGCUACUGGAAUAAAAGGGAUGUUUGGAUGA